GCCGCCAUUUUCUCGCCGUCUGAUGUGAUCCGAGGGCGAAGGAAGCGCGUCUGUCAGUCCGUCCGUCCGUCUGCCGGCCCGGUCCGGCCCCGCCCCGCACGUCCCCAGUGCCCGCACCGACACCGACACCGACAUAGCGACCACGCAGCGGGGCAGGCAGCAGACAGCAGGCGGCCUCACGCCCACCCACCCACACGAGAGCAGCCGACAUGUCCGACUUCGACAGCAACCCCUUCGCCGAUCCCGAGUUCAACAAUCCUUUCAAGGAUCCAUCUGUUACACAAGUGACAAGAAAUCCACCACCAGCAUUGGAGGAAUACAAUCCUUUCACAGAUGGGCAAAAAGCACCGCCAGGGAAUGUUGAAAAGCCUCCAAUGCCCAGUACACAGCCAGCUAUUAUGAAACCUACAGAGGAGCCUCCCACAUAUGCUCCACAUACACAGGAAACCGCCGCAGCCCAGGCGGAAUUGUUGAGACGCCAGGAAGAACUAGAGCAAAAAGCAGCAGAACUUGAUCGGCGGGAACGGGAGAUGAAAAAUCUCAGCUAUGAUCCUCGGAAGAACAAUUGGCCUCCACUUUCUGAACGAUGUCCUGUGGGGCCAUGUUUCUAUCAAGACCUCUCGGUAGAUAUCCCUGUUGAAUUUCAAAAGACAGUCAAGAUGCUCUACUACUUAUGGAUGUUUCAUUCUGUAACUCUUCUGGUAAAUAUUUUUGGUUGCCUUGCCUGGUUCUGUGUUGAUAGCUAUCGAGGCGUGGACUUUGGCCUGUCCAUUCUCUGGUUCUUGCUUUUUACCCCCUGUUCGUUUGUUUGUUGGUACAGACCACUCUACAAGGCUUUCAGGAGUGACAGUUCCUUCAGCUUCUUUCUAUUCUUCUUCGUAUUCAUAUGUCAGUUUGCAGUCCAUGUUCUACAAUCAGUAGGAAUUCCACAGUGGGGGAACUGUGGUUGGAUUUCAGCACUAACAGCUCUUAAUAAAAGUAUUCCUGUCGGUGUUCUGAUGAUGAUUACUGCAGCAGCUUUUACUGGCUCGUCUGUUGUCUCACUAAUCAUGUGUAAAAAGGUGCAUGGAAUGUAUCGUACUACAGGAGCUAGCUUUGAAAAAGCUCAGCAAGAGUUUGCGACGGGAGUAAUGUCGAACAAAACUGUACAAACCGCUGCAGCGAAUGCAGCCUCUACUGCUGCCCGUGGUGCUUUCAAAGGCAACCAAAUUUAAAGGAGAUGGGGAAGCACACCACCUCUCUACUUGAUUUCAUCUGUCCAUGUACUGCUCCAGUCAUUACAACCAUACUGAUAUCUAUAAACAUGGUCUCAUCAUAACUUCAGCAUGACCUUUAUAAGGGAAAAAAAUUAAAAAUCUUUAUGUAGCCCUUGAAUUAGGUUUUCGCAUGGGCUAAAAAUUGACAAACAGUACUUGCUUGACUGAAACAUUCUUUUUUAAUCGCUUUUUAUUUUCCCUAGAUAUUUUGGAACAAUCAUACUGACCUUUUUUCUCUUUUUUUUGUUAAAGCUGUAAAUAGCAUGUUUCAUUUAAUAUUGUAUUUCUGAAUUACUGGAGAAUCUUGCAUCUUCUGUGCUACACUGGAUUGCUGUCUAAUUUGCACGCAAAUUUGUGAUAUUGAAGAAUUGUUUGUGCUACCAGUGUACAUUGGAUUGGAUUUUUUUUUUCCCUGUGUGUCUGAUGCAUCAUCUGUAACUGCCCCGAUAAAACCCCACUUCCAAGUCAAUACUCAAGUACCUUUAAUCAUUUGCAAUUGUUUGUAGUUUUUCCUCUUAACUUUUUGUCUAUUAACUCAAAAUGUCAUCUAUCACACUUAGACAUUUUAGUGGUGUAAUCACAUGGUUGAUUUACUAUUUCUAGCAUAAUUGAGUACAUGAUCCAAACCAAGAAUCCUAAAUAAUUGGAGUGUAAGCUGUGUGGCACAGUAUAAUUUGAUGUUGUCAAUUACAAGUGGAGUGAAUUGUUUGGAAUGUCUUUUGGAAAUUGAACUGCAAUAAUUGAGUAUGUUGUGCCUUCAACUAUUACAAAUUGACAGUGCAAAACAAAUUCCUGCCGUAAGAGUCUUUGAGAAAUACGAAUUCUGCUUGUAAAGGGUUGUACUUGCCCGUUUUAAUUUUGAUUUUUUUAAAAAUCAACUAUUGACAUGUUCAAUAGCAUUUUGGGCUCGUCUGGCAUUUCAGUUUAUUGGAUCAUGUUUUGGAAAUAAUAAUCUUUUUCUUUCCAGUUAAAAUAUUGGUUUAAUUAGAUUUCUGAAGGCUGUUCGAAUACAAGAUUGAUAAAUGGUUGAAUUGACAGUUUGCUCUUUAAAAUGUGACAUCGAUAAGUAAAGCAACUGACUGUACUACUGUUAAGUGUUUCAAUCUUGUUGAUCAAUGAGAUCAUCUCUUGCAUUCGCGAAGAUAGUUCUUAUGAUUGGCUGUUGGUUACGUGCGUGUCUAACCCUAUUGCAGGUCUAAUCUAGAAGCGGUGAUAUCUACAUUUUUCUUCUUGCUGUUGGUUAUUUUUAUACCCACGCUGCUCCUUCCUAAAAUCAGCGAUGCCACUGAAGAAAAUCCUGCUCCCAUGAUGGGCCUGAAGAAGAAAGGACUUUCCAUUUUGAAAAAUGGAUACCGUAAUAUGUGAACGGAUAUAGUGAAAAUUGCACUGUAUAGGUUACCUUGUGUAUAGAGAAUUCUUCAACACUGAUUUAAGUUUUAAUCUGAAGUACUCAUUGAGUGCAGAUAUUUCAGAAGCAGAAGCUGGAUUCAGUCAGCCAAUCGAUAAUUACACAAGUAUUCAAAUGUAGAUCAUGACAGCUUUGGUAAUGUUUGCAGUUGCGGUGAGUACAGCAGAUUGCAAUUCUUGCCAGGUCCGCAUACCUGUUACAAAUUUCCUUGCAAUCCUGGAUCUUUGUUUUCCAUUUUAUUUGACUGAAGUGCUAUUGAAGUGUGCAGUUUAGGUUCAUUUUGUGUGUGUGUGUAUGUGUUAGCUUGACUUAGUUCCGGUUGUUGGUUUCGUAAGCUGAUCAAGCAUCAUUGAAGUGUUGUUUUAUUUAUUUUGCUUAUGCAUCAUUUUUUUUUUCUUUUCUGAGUUCAUUGUUGUAUAAAUUGUAUUUUGAGGGAUAAUGUACACACUUGAUUUUCAAAGCAGUUGUAACAUUUUAAAGAAAUUCAAGGCAUAAUAUGCAUUGAAAUAUACAUUGUUUAUAAUGUCAUGACUGAGUGUUGGACUAGACAGUUUCAGUUUGUAAUGCCUCGAGUUUGUAUGCACAAGUAUCAUAAACCUACCACUGCGGUUCCAUCACCCAUGACUAUUAAUUGACACUUUUGAACCAGUCAAGAGAAAGCAGAGAAUUUAGUUGAAUCCUGCAAUUGGAGCAUGGCAUUUGAUGCAACCAGGUGAACUCUAUAUUUCUGGUCACAGCACCACCCAUUUACCUGUAAGUAGCAGGCACAGACAGAAUAUAUCAAUUAAUUAAUGAAUUAAUUGAAAAUAGGAUGUCAGGCAAAGCUAAUAAUGCAAACUUUAAUAAACCCCAAGCUUUGAACAAAUUAGCUUGUAAUAAGAGCAUUUCCUCGCUUGCAUAUUUUAAACAAAAUUGCAAUUAAAAUAUAUUUUUAAAAUAAAAUUGAAUGAAAUCUUGAUUUAUACAUAUUUGAAAGAUUAGUUAUGGAUAUGUGAAUGGAGUGCUUUUUAGUAGAAUUAUCAUGAUAACCAAACAUCUUGUUUUGAAUGGAAUCAAUGGUAACAAAUUGUUCUGUUAUUGGUGCUUCUUAUGUUAAAUGUUAUACUAAAUAUUUUAAUGUAGCAAGAGGCAUUGAAGGAAAUGUCAUCCUUUGUUAAUUUAUAUAAUUAGUGAUAUUGGUGUAUUUUCUACUUUAAAGAACUUUUGUUGUGCAGUACUGUGAUAAAUCUUAAUUAAAUUGUGAAAUGGUGCAGAAAUGGCAAUGUUUGUUAAACAAAACUUUUGGGUAUGCAAGACUCAAUUUUCAAUGGUAAAUUCUUCCUUUGAAGUAAACUGGAGCAAGCUUUAUCCCACACUGCCGCAGAUGAUUGUGGAAUUUCUGCUAAAUGUGGAUAUGGACUCUGAUGUUAUCUUGGUGGUGAAGAUUGAGUUUAUGAAUCCUCUGGGGUGUCACUGUCUUAAAUGACAGUCUUGUUUAUGAAUUGUUAUUGAUUUGAAAAGUCUGAAAAUCGAUUCUCAGUGUUAAAUGUGGCAUUGAUUUGUGUACUGUUAGGGAUUUUGGUGACAUUUGUAGUCUUGCCUUUUAUAUAAAAUAAGUGCAAAACUUGAAUCGUAU